GUCACGCGUGGGAGGGCGCGGCGGGGCUGCCGGCGGGGGGGGGCCGCUCCCGCCUUAGCGGAGCGGUCUGCGGAGCGCGGCUCAGAGCGGCUCGGAGAGGGAGGAGGCAGGACGGCUCCCGCCCGCCUGCCCGGCCCGGUCCCUGCCCGUCCCAGUCCCCGUCCCCGUCCCCGUCCCCGUCUCCGUCCUCGUCCCGCCCUCCGGCUGCGGAGGGCGCUUCACCGCCCGGGAAACUUCAGCCACUUGCCGCGGAGCAUCCAGCCCCUGCCCCGAGGGGCCGCUUCGGUGAAGGGAAGUGGUCCCGUGCACGCCGGCAGGAUGGUGCGGACCAUGAGACCCGACGACAUCAACCCCCGGACGGGGCUGGUGGUGGCUCUGGUCAGCGUCUUCCUGGUGUUCGGCUUCAUGUUCACUGUGUCCGGCAUCAAGGGAGAGACCCUGGGGGACAUCCCGCUGCUGGCCAUCGGGCCGGCCAUCUGCCUGCCAGGCAUCGCCGCGAUUGCCCUCACCAGAAAGACCGACGGCUGCACCAAAUGGCCCAAGAACAAGUGUCCAUGCUGCAAGCAAGUCACGGACCGGGACGUCAUGGAGCUGCUGAGGACCCCCUCGGACCUGGAGUCUGGCAAGGGCAGCUGUGACGAGCUGGCCAAGAAAGUGUACCAGAAGGACAGGAGAGUGCUGCGGGGUGAGGACUCUGUGUCCAUCUGCACCACCACCACCACCACCAUGGGAGAGUGCAAGAGCCUCAUCAGAAAGGUGGAGCAGGAGGAGAUGCUGAGAUACCUGGAGACCUGUUACCCAGAGAUGCCGGGGAAUGUGUUCGUGGGAGAUGGCUCCACAUACAGUGCCUUGGAGAAGAAGAGCUCUUCUCCCACCAGGGACAGCAUUGCUUGCCCAGACAUUGAAGACAACAUUUUUGUUGCUCCUAAAGACAGUAUCAUUGUCUGCUCUUACAAGGAGAACAGCCCUUAUGACAGAUACUGUUGUUACAUAAACCCUACUGGAGUCAACUCAGACCAGGAGACCAUAGUGUGAAAGAUGCAUAUUUUGUAUAUAUAUAUGUAUGUAUACAAAAACUACAACUUCAACUUCUUCAUAGGGGAUAAUAUAGCUGACUGCACUGCAUGGGACAAUCCUGAUACUAUUACAGUUUAACCCGGUAUGUGACUGAUACUCAAACCUUUUGUGCCUGAAAUACUCUUUCUGUAAGUAAACAAGCAUGUUUAAAGGUUAAAGAACUCAAUUCUUCAUUUUGGGAAAAAAGAAAUUACACUUUUAUUUUAUUUUCUCCUUUUCCUUCCCUUUUAUUUUCCUGUUGCCUAUUGCACCCAAGCCUGUAGACACACUGGCAGGAGGGCAGCAGUGGCUGUCAGCUGAGAUCCAGAGCUGAAUCAAAACUCUGGAGCUGUCUGUAGGAAAGAAUGUGGUGGUCUAUGGCUGAAUGGGACUUAGCGAUAGUGUCACUUCCUUUUUGGAGGGCUUGAGAGAUGUCAGCAUGCACUCCAAUAGCUGGCCGAUGUUAGGGAGUGUAGAAGUGAUUUGUCUCUCUUCCUUCUUUUUCCUGGCAGGAUUUUAUUUUCCUCUGUUUCAAGGAAUUGAUGUGCUGACCCUCUGGGCUCUUCUGAAAAUCUCCUAGGAGCCAGAUGGGCUUAGGGGACUUUUCAAAGGCUAAUCCAUCAUCAAUAGCAUGCAAGGUACAGGUUUUAGCUUCAUUCCCCAUUGGUAUUGAGUUCACUGGAAUGUUUCUAAUGCUUUUGGAUUUUAUAGGCAUACUUGACAAGUAGACUACGACAUUAUCACAACACAAGUCCUUGCAGGGACUCAGAGCAGUUGUCAGUGGACUCGGGUCUUAAAAAUACAUUUCAGUACCUCUAAAGUAACUUAGGGAGUAGACUUCUAUGGGUUGUGUUCAGAGCUGGAUCUGACUCUUCUGAAAAUGUCAUUUUCAUGUGCCUUUUCUAAAAUGCCAGAUGUUUCUCUAUGGGUGAUGAAUGGUUACCGUCCACUCAGGGGUCUCAAAGCCAUGCUUUGCUGGGGGGGGAGGGAACAGAGAACCUGGCUGAUAGAUGUUUUUGUUCACAGCUUAUGAGAAAUAAGCAAGAGAUAGCAAGAGAAAUAUGAAGUGAGUAAUGAGGAUUAACCAUUCAAAAUCUGAGCCUGCAGCUUAGAUACAGAAACGCAAAUCCUGGCUAUUCUGUCCAACAGUAAAUUGCAUAUUCCAUGCUGUGUGUAAAAAUCUUACCUGACCUGUACUGUGUAGGUAACAGAGAUGUGGUACAAUACGAUGUGCAUGCUAAGCAGCUGCUCCAAGGGUUGAGCUCUUAGGGUAAUGGUUAUAAAGCAUGGAGUAAUUUACUAGCAUCUCACAAAGUCCUAGUUCCUAUAACUAAACUCUCACAACUCCAAAAAGUUCCUCUGUGAUGGAAGUCUUAAUAACUGUUCUUACAUAGCUGUUUUUUGUCAACCAUAUGUUGUAUCAGACAAAUGCAUUGAAUUACUGGGGUAGGAGAGAAGAAAAACAGCCUUUCUUUUGUAGCAACCUGAGAUGUGGAGAAAGUGGCAAGGAAUUUUCCACUGAAAUGAGCCAUUUUUCACUGCCUGUGGAAUUGUUUGGAAAGUGAAUGGAAACUUCAUGCAUCUGCUAGUUUGUUUGUUUGGAAACCUAUGUCAAAUUGUUACAGACAACCAGUUUCUGAAGAGGUUUCCUGAAGGAGGAAAUACAAUUUUUUAGAGAAGAUAGUUUGGUCUCUUUCAGACCAAAAAAUAUUUAAACACUUUGGCCAGUCUUUGCUGGGACAUCAGGAUGCUAUUAGGAUAAAUUAAAAAAAUACUAGUUAGUUUGAGUCAGGUAAAGCCUCUCGAUAGGUGGUUACAGGGAACUUUGCUGCCCUGGCAUGCAGUGAAAGUUCUGUGGGAGUAAAUAAACUUACACUCAGUACAGCCCAAGUUUUAUCCACUGAGCAAAGGAAUGCCACAAAAACAGACCCUCUCCCUGACAUGUUCAACUCCCACUUCCACAUAAAAGCACUCUGUUGUUGUCAGGCAGAUAGUCUCCUGCAGGCUUAGUCACUCCAAGACCUUAUUCUGCAAUGUACAGAGCAGCUCUUUGAUGGCACUGGGAAGUCUUAUUUCAUGACCUCUGAAGCCAACAGCUAAAAUACUGCUAAUGAACAUAAUGAGAAGUAGGGUCUUUCAUCGCUUUCUGUUCCCAAGGGAAGCAGGUGAGGGUCUCAGUGUGUGCCCAUGGGUGUUCAGCAUCCCUGAAGAUCAGACCCACCAUGAGAAAACAGGCUACCAGGUAGCCGCAUGCUGCCUUUGCUGGGGUUGUGAGCAAUCGCUUGCCUUGCAUAAGAGAGCAAAGUGUGAGCCCGCUGGGAACCUAGAUUUGUACAGCUCUGCAAAUAUAUAUAGGAAGAGGUCAAGUUUUUCCAUUUUGUGUAGGAUUAGAUGUUCCCUGUCAAAAGUUAUAUGGGGUUUUACAAGGCAAGACAGCAAACUCUAGUGACAAAUAGAAUGGUAAAUAUAUAACCUGAGAUACAGCCAUGCAGAUCUGAGUCGUGCUUUAUUCCAUUCUUAGUGUAAAAACAAGAAAAUUUUUGUAUGAAAGCAAGUUUAAUGGGAGUGAAAAUUUCCCACAAUAUAGGAAGAGAUAUAAAAAAUGUAUGUUUAAAAAGUGAUAUUUACAGUCAAUGCCUUCCUCCGUUCAUUUAGCUGAGGUAAGAUUUCAUAACAAAAUACAAGUUAAGCAAUAUUUCUAGGCUAAUCCACCAAAAUCCACUGAAGUUUUUUAUUGAACAUGUGGGAAUUUGAAGUUAAAUAAAUAUAUUAGUACUGCCCCUGAAAUCUCUUUCUCUGUGAUUUUUCCUUUCUUUUCUGCUAGUUAAGCAGAGGAUGAAAUGGAAAUGGAUUAUUUUGGACAUUUUAAAAAUAAGAAUUUUUCCACUUAAAAAUGAAAGUUUUUUGUGUGGUGGUUUGGGUUUUUUUUUUAGAUAAAGUGAGAUUUUUCGUACACUAUAGUUUUACCAGUAGAAACCUACUACUUAUUUGAUCAAAGACGGCAUGAUAGCAGCUUCAAGCUUUUUAUGCAGGUACCAUGCCCAGGCCUGAGAGUUACUGGGGCUUUAUUUUCAUUCAGCUCCUGUGGUCUCUUCUGAUGGCCACUAGAACUUGUAGGACCAGUGCUGAGCUUGGAACAAGCAGGAAUAAUCACAAUGCUUUUCAGAGGCAGCUUCUAGUCUUGGCUCUGAAUUUGACUUCAGGACACCACAGCUUGGGAUGUGAUUCCAAGCCAUGAUCCAGAGAUGAGAGCUUCUCUCCUUGCUACAUUUAAAACCCCUCUGGGUAAAAAUACCACUCCUGUCCUCAAUGCUAUCCUCCAAACAACGCAUGCAGUUGUAGAGGAGCUCUGUUUGUGGGUUUAGCGCCUGGUCUUAUUGAAUUCAAUUGCCACAUAUUGCUUGAUCCUACAGUAUGGGUGGCAGGGCAUAUAUUAGCGUUUGAAGAAAACCAGUGAUUUGGACAUUCACAGAAGUUCCUAAGAUAUAUAAAAUUUAUUUUUAGAAUAGCAUUUGUCAUAGUGCUAUGGUGGAGUUUACCUUCUUUUAAGAAACAAUGUAAUACACAGAUCACAGGGCAAUUUUAUGUUUCUUUUUUUAAAUUUCUAUUGUCACAAAUAGCAGUUUUACAGUCAUACAAGCUGAUCAUUGCAAAGCCGCCUUUAACAGAAAAUUUGGAGUUUUAAUCAGUGUGCAGUUUGUCCUCCUGGGGCACUAAACGAUAGCUGGUCCUUUCUUCCUGGAAUGGAACGAGUGGGAGGUGAGUGUGCUCAGGGUGUGUGUCCCUCGGGAUCAGUAUUGUGUUCUUGAUCUGCAUUCUGCAGAAAUGUGGUGCUCUUCCACAGGCAGUUCCUCCGCAUCUGAUCCAACCUCUCCACAGUCCUGGCUCCAGUAACUGUUUAUUAUGUUGUAAUUAGCAGAGUAACAGCCACUAUGACCCCCUCUCAGCAUUUCUCCUGGUACAUACCAGACUGCAGAAUGAGCUCCUGCUCUUGACCGGGGUGGUAGAAUCUGACCCUAUAUCAUCCAUUCUAUGUAAGCUGUUGUGUUGAGACAUCCAACUAAAUUGUCAGUUCUUGCAGCACAGGCCUGGCAUUUUGCAUCUCUGUGUAAUACCUUUCACACUAAAGGUGCUGUAGUGAUGGGUUAGAGAUGGGUAACUGCCAGGUCUCAAAGGCACUUCCAGCCUGAUUUUUAUGAGCAUUUAGGGACUGAUGUAUUUAUAGGCAGAGCACAAUCUGCGCUCAGAAACUUGAAUCUCAACACAUUGCCUGUAAAGCCAUACUGCUAGAGAAUGCAGUUCUGACAUGGGAGAUUUUCCGAGUCUUGAAAGGUUUCUGUGUAAGUUUCUGGUAUCAAUCAUAUUAAACAUUGCAGAGGAGUUUCCCAAUAUGUAGACUAGAGUAGUUUUCUUGACACAUUCUUACGACACAGCAUGGGGCAUCAGCUGCAAAGCAGCUCAUGCUGAGACCAUUUCAACACUGCAGAUAGUCUGAACAUGCAAUCCCUACUGGGACGACUGUCAGCAGAUUUGUUACUUCUCUGGUACAACGGGCCCUUUUAUGUAUGGUCUUCAGAAACAACACAGAGAGCAGAUCUAGAAUUCACUUUUAAUUCUCUCUGGCACAAUUUCAUCAGUAAGCAUUACCUUUAAUAUAACAGUCCUGUCAGUGGAGGAAUUCCAGACCUUGUCUUUACCAGGCAAGGAGAUCCAGCUAUCAUUGUUUUUUAAAUCACGGUCUAUUUUCUGUUCAGAACAGUUGCAUGGAUUAGCCCUGACUAUCCUAUUGUCAGAUGCAUGCAGAAAUGGUUAUGCUUAAUGUUGUUACUUAAAAACACCGCACCAUGCAUAGGUGUGUUUACAGUACAAAUUUGUUCGCAAGAGCAGGUCACAGAAAGCAUAAGCAUAGCGAUAUAUUAAUUUGAGAUCUGCUCAGAGGACCCCUCUGCCCUUCUGAGACCUCACCCAAACUUUCUGCCUCAAGCCUAUUGUUGCAAUUUAAAAUUCCUUCCAUCCUUUAGGAGAAGACAAUUUUUCUAAGAACUCUUGUUGUGGCUGUUCAAGGACAAACGGUUCUUCCAACAAGAUACACAGAGUUUAAAUGUCCCAGGACCGUUUCAUUGUAACCACUGUUACAUCCUGACUGUGAAAUCCUGGCUCUGUUACCUAUUGCAACCUGAAAUUUUCAAGUGCUUUGCUAAAUGCAAAGCAUUUCCCCAAACCAUUGGUAAAACCCUUGGUCAAUUCUGAUAGAUUCAGUACUAGUACUUUUUCAACCUACAGUUUCAUUACUUAAGGAGUGGAAAAGGGUUAAAUACUUUGAAAAUCUGGCUCUGUACUUUGCUCUAGUGAGGCAAGAACAGAAAAAGAGAUAUUAUUCAUGAAAGCAAAAGGGACCAAAAAGGCUUCACAGACAGUAUUUCAUUACUUUGUUAGAUUAACUGCAUUAUAUUCUAGUCGCAUAGGCAAUAUGUUUAGUGCAUUCUUCCAUAUGUGCAGCUUCUAUUUGGUAGCUUACCCUGAACAGUCUCAGGUAGGGACAGAGUGUUUUUCUGCCUGGAAGCAGGAUGCAAGAGCUACAGAAAAAAUUGGCAUGUAGUAGGGAUCUGAUGCCAGAAACUCAGAUCUCAUCAAAACACUUAUUUGCACAGCACUGUAUUUUACUAUGAAAUGCAGUGAAUCAUUAGCAAUUAUGUGCACUCAUGAACAUAAGGAUGCUACUACAGUAGCUUUGUAUUUGGCAUUCACUGACUAGGAAGUACCUAUUCUACUGCCAUUGAAAUCCAAGGCAAAAUUCACAAAGGCAUAAUAGAAAAAAAUCAUGUGGGUCUUCAAGGUCAAACUUAUUGCUGUAUGAAAACUGUUAAAUCUGGCACUAGAAGUUAGUUCUAAAAGGGACAUAUGCGCUUAAGACCUAGUGCAGUAUGAAGGUGAGGUACAAAUACAGAAGUUGAGGUAGCUUUGUUCCCUGUCUUAACCUAAGGACCAUGGUUAGUAUAUUAUGGGACAAUAAAUAGCAUCAUGUAGACUCAUACAUGCUCAUUGGAAGGUUUCAAUCAUUAGGGGUCCCACGCAAACAAAUUCUACAAAACACACUCUCUCACAUUUCAAACUGGUUGUUUUAUAUCUCUACAUCAGAAAGUGCAUUUUAGCAAAUUUUAAAUUAGGAGGAGACGGAAUUUUCCGCUAUUUUCUUUGGAGAGAACAUUGGAUUGCAAAUGAUUUUAUCUUUGAAUUCCGAUUAGAAUGUAAUAAUGUACAACCCAAUGUUUUACACUGACUGGUGUGAAGUAGGGGAAAAUUCAGACAGGAAUUAGGAGGACAGAGUACUUAUUAGCUGAAAAGCAGAUGGUAGCCAGCUGGAGAAUAAUCAGAAUAAUCUUGCAUAGCUUUGUCUUUUUACUGGUCUGAAAGGACAGCCCCAGAAAGACACUCUUAAAAAAACCAAAGACUCUUACUAUUGAGGUCAAUUCAGAUGGAAGGGCUAUUAAUAACUUUUGGGGAUCUGAGUGGGGUUGGAGAGAGAGAUGUUCUACAUGCUGGGGAACCUCAUACCAUUCUCUUCUUCAGACACAGAUCUUCAAGAAACCCUGCAUCCUCUGACUGCACAGUCAGGCUCAACACUCAUACUAUGCCCUUGCACUGUUUGCAAAGAACACCCGACUUUUUGUUCCACUUUUCCUUAAAUACACUCAUUUUUCUCAUUUGACUAAUUACCUGUAGGAGGAAGCAGAUAACUUUUCUGUUUGCACAAAAAGAACCAUGGAACUGGAGACCCUCUGCACAUGUCGAUAACAAGCUAAACAAAAGAUGUUUGCUACCUAAUCUAGGGGAUAAAGACUAACUUUUUGGUGGCAAAACACAGUCUUUUUCCAAUGCCAAUGGUUUGAAUAAAAUCUGGGAAGUUUUACACCUGGAAAUACAUUAACCAUUUUUUUUUACUUGUUGGGAUUUUUUUAAAUAUUGUGGUUAUUCAAUCUGUUUCUCAAUGUUCAAACUGAAACAAUAUAGUGAAGGUUUAUCGAUCUAAUUAAAGACUU